CUGAUCGGCCUCGGUGAUUGUUCAGAGACCUUCAAAAAUAUUCAACGGUUCGACAGAGUGUCGCUUGUGUUAAAGGCGAUUAAGGAAUCGUGCAGGAUUGCAGCAGUGCCUGACACGCGUCAACCACUACACUACGAGCAUUUAGCUGUAGGUGUACCGCGCCCUUUGGUUUGCUGCAGUGUUCCGUUGGUGUAGCCUACCUUGCGUAAACCCAACGAAACCGUAUUCCUCUGGCAAGAAUGGUUCGUCUUUUCCUUCUUGUGUUGAUGUUAGGCCAAGCGGUUUUGUCGUUACCAUAUGAAGACAGAGCGCAUUCCCUGCAGGAGGGAAGAGAUAAUGUCAGGCUUAUGGAACUACUAGAGCGUGCCUUAGACGAUCUGGCUACCGGGGAAAAUACAAGAGACAUCGAAGGAACGGAGCUAAGUCUUAUAGGCCUUCCAGCAUAUCAAAGUUCCACUCUUGAUGGGAGUCGCGGUAGUGCCUAUGCCAAGAAAGUUGUCGAUGGUCGGUUUGACGACACCAAGCUGCUGGGUGAAAAAGGAGAAUUAUACGGAGGAAGUUGCACGAUUACUAAUGCUCAGGAAAACCCCAACUGGAUAAUACGACUCGACAAGCGACGCUGUAUUAGCAGAGUCAGUGUCUUGAAUCGUGGUGACGGCGAUAGUGAGCGUUUGACGGGCGCCGUCGUCAGAGUUGGGAACACAGGAGUUUUUCAAAUGAAUAAGAACAGUCUUUGCGGCUCGCCUGUGACGGCUGAGCAAGCUGCCGUACCCGGUGGAACGGUGGAUUUCGUAUGCGAUCAGCUACCAGCCUUGUCGGAUUCCGUCAUCGUUGGUAUUCCCUCUCCAGAUGCUACCUUGCAGCUGUGUGAGGUCAGAGUUUGGGAAUUACCUUUUGAACGAUGCCAGAGAGAUGCUAGUCUUGGAUGUACACCAAACCCGUGCAUUAGCGCAGAAUGUGUACCUAAACCGGAUGGACAAGCAUUCUGCGAAUGUUAUGAUGGACAGAAUGGCGAAUUCUGUGAAGAGUCAUCAAUAAGGAUAGAAUGUGAGCCAAGCUCUGACGAAGAUCGCUACAUCUACGAUCAGUAUGAGGGUUACAUACAGUCGCCGGGGUACCCUGAACCGCACGGAAUCGAACAACGAUGUCCUUACAUCAUCGGCUUUCCUGGUGCAGAGAAGAUCGAGAUAAGAUUUGAAGAUGUAGAUAUGGAUUUUAGCAAAUCGAAUUACCUUGUCUACCAGCCCGGUGAUACAAUGGACUUUCAGAGUGAUGAGAAGGUGGUACUUCAAGGCCUUCCUAAGGAGUCGAUUGUGGUGAAUGACGACAAGGUAUCGGUCUUCUUCCAGACAUCUUCCUUCAACCCUGAUAAUCAAAAAGGAUUUAGGAUGCACUUUAAAAUCCAUAUCGACGAGUGUGCCAGCGAUCCAUGCCAUAAUGCUGCCGAGUGCGUCGAUGGUGUCAAUGAGUUUUCAUGCACGUGUGCUCCUGGAUUUACUGGACCCCUAUGCGAAACCGAUAUUGACGAGUGUAGCAGCAGCCCUUGCCAGAAUGGCGUUUGUCAUGACGAAGUGAACGGUUUCAGCUGUGACUGCUCCCCAGGCUACGAGGGAACCUUAUGCGAGACCAAUAUGAACGAGUGUGGCAGCGAUCCAUGUCAGAAUGGUGCCGAGUGCGUGGAUGGUGACAACGAGUUCUCCUGUUCAUGUGCUGCAGGAUUUGCUGGACCUAUGUGUGAAACUGGUGUCGACGAGUGUGGCAGCGAUCCAUGCCAGAAUGGUGCCGAGUGCGUGGAUGGUAUCAACGAGUUCUCCUGUACAUGUGCUGCAGGAUUUGCUGGACCUAUGUGUGAAACUGGUGUCGACGAGUGUGGCAGCGAUCCCUGUCAGAACGGUGCCGAGUGCGUGGAUGGUAUCAACGAAUUCUCCUGUACAUGUGCUGCAGGAUUUACUGGACCUAUGUGUGAAACUGGUGUCGACGAGUGUGGCAGCGAUCCAUGUCAGAAUGGUGCCGAGUGCGUGGAUGGUGUCAACGAGUUUGCAUGCACAUGUGCUGCAGGAUUUACUGGGCCUCUCUGCGAAACCGAUAUCGACGAGUGUGAGAGAGAUCCAUGCCAGAAUGGUGCCGAGUGCGUGGACGGUAUCAGUGAAGUUUCAUGCACGUGUGCUGCAGGGUUUACUGGAACUCUCUGUGAAACCGAUAUUGACGAGUGUGUCAGUGAUCCAUGCCAGAAUGGUGCCGAGUGCGCGGAUGGUGUCAACGAAGUUUCAUGCAAGUGUGCUACAGGGUUUAUCGGACCUCUCUGCGAAACUGCUUUACAAGAGCCAGCUAAGCCUGUACAGCCUGUUACACCUGUUGAACCGGUUGAACCUGUUAUAGAAGAAUCCAAUGGAUGCACAACCAAUCCUUGCAAGAACGGUGUCUGUAUAAACUAUGGGGUAGAUGGUUUUAAGUGCGUAUGCUCCCCAGGCUACGCAGGAACUGUGUGCGAAAUUGACAUUGACGAGUGUAGCAGCGAUCCGUGUCAGAAUGGUGCCGAGUGCGUGGAUGGUGUCGCUAAAGUCUCUUGCAAGUGUGCGGCAGGAUACACUGGACGUCUCUGUGAAAUCGAGCAACUCCAAGGAGCAUCAGAUGCCCGUCCUCAGCUACACUCCACCUCCACAGGGGUUGAAGUUGAAACACAAACCUCGUUCAUGCAAGUAAACCUCGUCACUGAAUACUGCAUCAAGAAAGUCGUCGUACACAAGCGCGGUGAUUGCACCGGUGCUCGUUUGACCGGUGCCGUGGUACGUGCCGGGACAAGCUCUACCGGGCUUAACAACGGUAUAUGCGGCUCGGCUCUGACCGCCCAGCAAGCCGAAGUACGCCGGUCUACCGUGGACUUCGUGUGCGACCCUCCCUUGACGGCCAAGUUUGUCACCGUGGAUAUCCCAUUGCUGAGGGUAACCAAGCAGCAGAUAUGUGAAGUCACGGUUGAGCAAGGGACCCCAGGACCGUGUUAUGAGUAGGAGGAGUGACAGAUACCAUCAAGAAUGACAUACACAAUGUAAACAGAGCAAAGCAAAUCAAAGAGACUUUUAAAAACAAAUACAGAAUUGUGUACUGCUUAUGUUAAGCAGAUGAGGAAAUUACAUCUUUACGCUUUAUAGUAUAGCGGUGAUGGGGUGUGCAACAAAAUAUACUUUUUCUUUUUUUAAUGCUAAAAUGGGUGUCAUUGGCUAGUGUGGUAUUUAGAUUAGGCUUUUAUAAUGAUGUUUAAUGGAUACGAAUAUAGCUUACAACGUAACGACGACAGCCUGUGUUUAUUGCGUUGUAUUUUGAGUUUUAAUGUCGCAAUCAUGGAAAGUAGUUGGUCGUUCUGGUUUAGUUGUGUGCAUUUGAAGGGUCGUAAAGAACCGUGUUUUUAACCAAUUGAACCUAAAUUCGUUGCAUGAUUUGAAAACAUGAAAACAAAACACACAAUCAUGUUUUGCAUCAAGUGUAAGCUGACAUGCAUAAAACCCAGAAAUGUACCAUGUUAAUAAAGAGCACAUACUUCAAGGAAAUAUUAUGGAUAUAACUGACAUGAUCACUGGCUCACAGAAUGCAUCGCGAUAAACUCUCAGUGACGUUAUUCCCUGUCCUUUGUGUCACAAGGUUUUAAGUUUACCAAUUUAUACCUCGUUUUGUUUGAUCCUUUAGCGGUGGUGGAUGAAUUCAUUUCAUAACCAAGUACGUUUAUUUAGUGUAAUUCAAAUAAAAUUAAAGUAUAUUUAGUGCAAUGAAAAAAACCCGAGAA